AUGUCGUCCACAGUUGCAACAAAAUCGAAAAUCAUCCCGCCUGGGGUCUAUUGCCCGGUGAUUUCGUUGUAUAAACCCACUCCGCGUCAAGAAAUCGACCUUGAUGCAUCCUAUAAAUUUUUUACACAUUUAAUUCGAGGAGGAAUUGAUGGAUUGGUGCUCGCAGGAACCACCGCUGAGGCUGUCCUCCUAUCUCCCCAGGAGAGAAAGAAUCUCGUUCAAGUUGCAAGAAAGGCUGCUAUUGACAUUGGUCGCCCGCAGUUCCCUGUAGUUGCCGGGAUCAGCGGACAAUCAACAAAUGAGUCUAUUCGACUAGCACAGGACGCCCUCGAUGCAGGGGCUGAUUUUGGCCUAUUGUUGCCCCCGAACUACUGGGCUAAAGCCGUAACGAAAGAGGUCCUUCUCAGCUUCUAUCGCGAUGUCGCUGACUCCACUUCGUUGCCAAUCAUUAUCUACAGUUUCCCGGCGAUGUGCAACGGUAUCGACAUGAAUUCUGAUAUCAUCUCCGAGCUCGCAAAACACCAUGGCAUCGUGGGAGUUAAGUUAACGUGUGGAAAUGCGGGGAAGGUUACACGACUGACACAGGAAUAUGCUCAUGACCAAUUCGGAGUUUAUGCAGGCUCCUCAGACUGGCUGAUUCCUUGCCUUGCUGGUGGAGGCUCAGGAUGCGUGACUGGGAUAGCUAAUGUGUUUCCCAAAUGUGUUGCCAAGCUGUUCAAGUUAUGGAACGAUGGAAAAAUUAAAGAGGCAAAGAAUCUACAAGGGCUGGUUGCUCAAGCUGAGAAAGCAUGCAAGGAAGGAAUUGCACCAACGAAAUAUGCUGCUGCUCAUUUUGCCGGGCCAGCUGCUGGGGUUAGUGAAGCAGAAGCCUUUUGGCCACGAAAACCCUAUUUACCUUGCGGUGCAGAAAAGGUUAGCUGGGUUGAAGGUGUUAUGCAGCAUUUGGUGGAGUUGGAGCAGAGUCUGCCUGAUGCGAUAUAG